CCCUAUUGUGGUGCGCUGGCCGGCGGUGCGGGGGCCGCCUCCUGUUGCGCGGCACGAGCGCGAGGGACGGCAGGACAGACGCUGCGCCCAAACGCGGUGACGAAACGCUCUUGCGGAGCCAAGCUUGGGCCGCAAAAAGAGGCGGACCAGACCCUUCGGGAGAACACCCCCUGCGCCGAAAGGGUGGGCCCUCCUCUGCGGAAAGAAGGGGCGCCAGCAGGGAACGGCGCGCGGUGCGUGAGGGACGGCUGGCACGGCCGUCGGGAUGGCGCGCUUCGUCCCUCGAGGACGGCCCGGCAGGGGGAGCACGACACGCGCCGCGUUUGCCGUGCGUGGCGGAAGCGUGCGCCUCACGAACCCCAGCCUCCCGGCGGGCGGCGGCGGCGCACCUUUUGCACGAUGGUGGCGGGCGUGCUGGCCACCAAGCGAAUUUGCGAGCAUGAACAAAAAGGAAAAGAACGGCGUUGCCUGGGCAGGCGUUCGCGACGGAGACCAACCUGCUGGCGGGGGCGCGGCAAUCCGUCACUCCCAGGGGCGAUGGGUGAAUUAAUGGAAGGUAGGGCCGCGGGCCGUGCGGGGGCGGAAGGCAUCAGAACGCGGGUGCGUUAA